CUCCGUCCUCACUCGUCGAUUUCCCGUGCUAAACUCCCUGCUUCUCAUCAUGUCUGCCUUCAACGUCGUCGUUUUUGCCGGUGACCACUGCGGUCCCGAGGUCACUGCCGAGGCCAUCAAGGUCCUCCGUGUCAUCGAGAAGAGCCGCGAUGACAUCACCAUCAACCUCCAGGACCACCUGCUCGGCGGUGCCUCCAUCGAUGCCACCGGCAUCCCCUUGACCGACGAGGCCCUGACCGCCGCUAAGAACGCCGACGCCGUUCUCCUGGGCGCCAUCGGUGGACCGAAAUGGGGCACCGGCGCCGUCCGCCCCGAACAAGGUCUCCUCAAGCUCCGCAAAGAGAUGGGCACCUUCGGCAACCUCCGUCCCUGCAACUUCGCCGCGCCCUCCCUGGUCGAGCACUCCCCCCUGAAGGCCUCGGUCUGCGAGGGCGUCGACUUCAACAUCAUCCGCGAACUGACGGGCGGAAUCUACUUCGGCGACCGCAAGGAAGAUGACGGUAGCGGUUACGCCAUGGACACGGAGCCCUACUCCCGCGCUGAGAUCGAGCGCAUCACUCGUUUAGCCGCCCACUUGGCCCUGCAGCACAACCCCCCUCUCCCUGUGUGGAGUCUCGACAAGGCCAACGUCCUGGCCACUAGUCGGUUGUGGCGUAAGACCGUCACUGAGGUCAUGGCUAAGGAGUUCCCUCAGCUGAAGAUCGAGCAUCAGCUCAUUGACUCCGCCGCGAUGAUCAUGGUGAAGGAGCCCCGUAAGCUGAAUGGUAUCAUUGUCACGAGCAACCUCUUCGGUGAUAUCAUCAGUGAUGAGGCCAGUGUUAUCCCUGGCUCGUUGGGUCUGUUGCCCAGUGCUAGUUUGAGUGGUAUUCCUGAUGGAAAGACUCGUGUUAAUGGUAUCUAUGAGCCUAUUCACGGUUCCGCCCCUGAUAUCGCCGGCCGCGGCAUCGUCAACCCCGUCGCUGCUAUCCUCUCCGUCGCUAUGAUGAUGCAAUACUCCUUCGGUCGGUUCGACGAGGCCCGCGCCAUCGAGGCUGCCGUGCGCAACGUUCUCGAGUCUGGUAUCCGUACGGGCGAUAUUGGCGGUAAGGCUACGACCAAGGAGGUCGGUGAUGCUGUUGCUGCCGAGCUGGAGAAGCUCCUGAAGUAGGUGUAUGGGUUGGAGAGAAAGGCAUGAUACGAAAAGUAUUUUUGGGCGGAUUGCCGCAUGAGAUAUGACCGAUCUAAUUAAAAUAUUGAUUAAUCACUA